AUGGAACUCGCCGAGUUCUGGAAUGAACUCAACACCUUCACGAUAUAUGGCCCGAAUCACACAGAUAUGACAACCAAAUACAAAUAUCCAUAUCACUUCCCCGGAGAACAAGUAGAAGAUCCACAAUAUUGGACAAUUCUCUUCCAAAAAUAUUGGUAUCACUCGAUCACAAUUUCCGUUUUAUACUUUGCAUUAAUCAAAGUGAUUCAAAAAUUCAUGGAAAAUCGAAAACCAUUCACUCUUAAAUAUCCAUUGAUUCUUUGGAAUGGAGCACUAGCGGCAUUCAGUAUUAUUGCGACACUUCGGUUUUCUAUUGACCCUCUUCGAUCCCUUUAUGCUGAGGGAUUGUACAAAACUCUGUGCUAUUCGUGUAAUCCUACUGACGUCGCCGCAUUCUGGAGUUUUGCGUUUGCAUUGUCGAAAAUUGUCGAGUUGGGAGACACGAUGUUCAUUAUUUUGAGAAAGAAGCCGUUGAUCUUUUUGCAUUACUAUCAUCAUGCGGCAGUCUUGAUUUAUACUGUGCAUUCUGGAGCCGAGCACACUGCCGCCGGUCGCUUUUACAUUCUUAUGAACUACUUCGCUCAUUCUCUUAUGUAUACUUAUUACACAGUAUCCGCAAUGGGAUACCGUAUGCCAAAAUGGGUUUCAAUGACAGUAACCACUGUACAAACUACACAAAUGUUGGCUGGAGUUGGUAUCACAUGGAUGGUUUAUAAGGUGAAAGCCGACUACAAGCUUCCUUGCCAACAAUCCAUGGCCAACCUGUACUUGGCUUUCGUUAUCUAUGUCACAUUUGCCAUUCUCUUCAUCCAAUUCUUCGUCAAAGCAUACAUCGUAAAGUCGGCGAAGAAAUCUGCGAAAUCGGUGAAGAAGGAUUAA